CGAACCUGGUUGAUUUGAAAACGCCUAAAAUUGGUUUAGCCGAUCAUUCGCUGCAGUGGAUAUGGCGUCACUGAAAAGUGUAGGAGUCGAGAAACUUCAGCUGUGUAAAUAACGUCAAUAAGAUAGCUGGAGGUAGCAAUAUAGACGGUUCACAGAUAACGCCAUAAAUAUAUUUACCAGCCAUUUUUAAUUAUGCCCCGGAAAAAGCCAUUUAGCAAUAAACAGAAGAAGAAACAGCUACAAGUCAAACGGGAGAGAAAGAGAGGUGACACAGGUUCUGGGCCGAGCAGCCGCAAUGCCAGCGUGGAGCGAGGAGGAGAGGGACAGUCGGAUACCUCUGACAGUGAGACCACUGAUGUUAGGAGGAUAAACCAGCAGCCCUUUAACAGAGAAGGGAGAUAUGACCCUAAUAGGUUCCGGCUGCAUUUUGAGAGAGAGAGUAAAGAGGAGGUGGAAAAGAGAAAGAAGUUGGCCAUAGAGAAGGCACUGCAGCCUGUCUCAGACAAAGAACUUGAGAUUGACAUUAAUGACAUCUAUCCCUCAGAAAAAGGUCUUGGUUUCCCACGACGGCCGUCCUGGAAUUAUGAGAUGACACGAGAGAGCUUACGGAGGAAAGAGGAGAAAUCUUAUAGAGAGUACCUGGAUGACCUACACUCCAGAAACCCAGCUGGCUCCCUCAGCCACUUUGAGCACAAUCUUGAGACAUGGAGGCAGUUGUGGAGAGUACUGGAGAUGUCCGAUGUCAUUCUGCUCAUUGUAGAUAUCAGGCUCCCGGUGCUGCAGUUCCCUCCAGCUAUGUACCAGUACAUCACAGGAAAUCUGCAGAAGCAUAUGGUCCUGGUGUUGAACAAAGCCGACCUAUGUCCACCCCCACUGGUAAUUGCCUGGAAACACUACAUGGCCUCUCAGUUCCCCCACCUGCAAAUUGUCUGCUUCACCUCCCACCGUGGACUGCCCUACAGCACAGUGCUUCAAAAAAGGCGGAUGAGGAAGAAGGCUGACUGGAAUAACGCUGGAGGUCCUAUAGAAAUCCUGAAGGCCUGUCAAGAGAUAACAGCAGGGAGAGUUGAUCUGUCCAGCUGGGAGCAGAAGAUCCAGAGAGAUGCAGUUGCAGAGACUCUUGAUGGGGAGCAGACAGAUGAAGGAGCAGAGUUGGUGCUGAUGGAGCAUCAGAGUGACAGUGCUAUGGAGAUGAGCAGUCCAUCACAGGAACUCUACAAAGAUGGGGUUCUUACAUUGGGCUGUAUAGGCUUUCCAAAUGUUGGUAAGUCAUCUGUAAUCAACAGCCUGGUGGGGAGGAAGGUGGUGAGUGUGUCUCGAACUCCAGGCCACACCAAAUACUUCCAGACCUACUACCUCACCCCCACUGUCAAACUCUGCGACUGCCCUGGACUGGUCUUUCCCUCCCGUGUCAAUAAACAGUUACAGAUUCUAGCAGGCAUCUAUCCAGUGUCCCAGCUGCAGGAGCCCUACAGCUCUGUCGGUUAUCUGUGUGAGAGGACCCCCUUCCUCUCUGUACUGAAGCUAAAACAUCCCAGCUUGUUGGAAAAUGAACCCCAGCAUGGAGGUCAAGGGUCUGAAGAGCUCAGCUGGACUGCCUGGGAUGUCUGUGAAGCAUGGGCAGAGAAGAGAGGAUAUAAAACGGCAAAAGCAGCUCGCAAUGAUGUUUAUCGUGCAGCUAAUAGUCUCCUACGCUUGGCAGUCGAUGGCAGAUUGUGCCUCUGCCUCACACCACCUGGCUACAGCUGCCUGAGAGAGCACUGGGAAAACCACCCAGACUUGCCAGAGAUUAUGGCUCUACAGGGAAGGACGACAGAGGAGGAGGAGGGGACGGAAAAAGGAGAUGAUGAGGAUGAUGGAGAGUCCAGCACUGAGCCAGAGGAAGAGAGGGACCGGGAUGCAGACGAUGAUGAGGAUGGAGAUGAUGAAGAUGAAGGGCUUGGACAUCCAAGACGGAAGGAAAAGAAGUCAUCUGACUUCACCGUCAACAUGUACAACGUCCUGCGGGAAAACGAGUGUGAAUGAUAACGGAAGGACGAACAGGAGGAAAUGGGUUGACUUCUCUGUGUGACCCUAGUUCACUUGUCAUUCCUUUUUCUUUCCUAAAACCUGCAUUCCUUCUGUUUUUUUCUUACAUCUCUGCUCCUCAUGUCCUUACUUUCUCUAUAUAUUAACUUGAGCUACUCUAAUUCAUUCUCCCUAUAACAUACAGAGCAUAACCACAUCUUCCAUGCUGUGCCCCUGCUCUGCUUGUUCGUUAGUGUUACCACCAGGAAUGGCUCUGGUUUGGUUUGAUUUCAUCAUUACUUUUUGCAUGUGGUUCUCAGACGAAUAAACACAACAACUUUCCUUGGCCUGGAA